AAGACAGUGAAGCAGAUACGAACGCCAAUUGUCUCCAAUUGCAAUUCCUCAAACUCGCAGACGUGCGAAUUGGCCCCCUCAAUAUCUCUCACAAUGGUUUUCCUCCUCGGCAUCAACUUCCCCGAAUCCAAAUUGGCCACCAUCGCCCUCCAAUCUUUCUACGCGCUCGGUCCGCACUCCUGCUCGCGGCUGCUCGCAAAAUUCAGCAUCCACCCGCUCGCGCGCAUCGGCGACAUACCGCAGCGCACCAUCACUCAACUGACGGCGGAGUUGUCGAACAUGACGAUCGAGAAUGAUGCAAAGAGGACGAUGAGAGAGGAUAUUAGGCGGUUGAGAGACAUGGGGAGUUAUAGGGGGAGGAGACAUGCUAUGGGGUUGCCGGUUAGGGGACAGCGCACGAGGACGCAGAUUAUGACGGCGUCGAGGCUGAAUAAGGUCGAGCGGGCGAGGUGAGAGUGGGGAAGUGUAUGUUUUGGUGGAUAUAGAUGGGAUGGCGUUAGAAGGCGUGGAAUGUAUUGUACUGUACGAUAC